AUGCAGAAGGUGAAGGAUAUAUUCAUUGUAUCAGGUCUUAAAUCAAAUUUCAUCAUAACCGAAGUCCAAAACUCGAAAUCGGAAUUAGGGCUCAAAGCUGAAUCCUCGUUCACCGUUCACUAUUCAUCGUCCCCGGCGACGACACGCUCCUCGAUUUCUGGUGGCUUGGUAGGAAAUUUCGCCACAAGUGACAAAAUGGUUCAUUUGUUUCUUUCUGAACCAGACUGGAGUUGUGAUGGAAGUGAUGAUUCUUUUAAACACAGAUUAUCUCUCUUGAAUGACCUAGACUCCAUAGUCCGCUUAUUGAUUGCAUCUCAAAGUCGAUCAGAGGCACGACUUUGGCUUUGCAAAGAUCUUUCAGGGGUAAAUUCUCUAUCUUCCCGGCAAAAACGUGAACUGUUUGUGACCUUACUGAAAACCAGUACACAGAAAAGAGACCUAGCAGCUCAACUUAUGCAAAUGAUAUUUGAUAAACAUCCAAAAAAAGCAGGGUCUAUCUUAGCCAAGAAAAGCCACAUGCUGGAGGAUUUCUUUAGAGGGAAUCCAAGGCGUAUUCUUCUUUGGUUCUCUAAUUUUGCUGGAAGUGGUGAUAUGGAGCAUAAAAAUGGUGCAAAGGCAUUAUCCCAAUUUGCCUUUUUGAAUCGUGACAUUUGUUGGGAAGAGCUGGAAUGGAAAGGCAAACAUGGUCAAUCCCCUGCUAUGGUUGCAACAAAACCUCAUUACUUUCUUGAUCUUGAUGUUGAACAAACAGUAGACAAUUUUCUUGAAAAUGUUCCUGAAUUCUGGUCAUCUCAUGAGUUUUCUGAUACGUUAAAGAAUGGUGACAUUUUGUUAAUGGAUACGAAAUUCUUCAUAAACAUGUUUGUGAGUUUAAUGUACAAACAAGACAUGAAGGAGAUAUGGGAAGUGAUUAACGAUUUUUUAGCAGAAGAGCCUUUCUCAUCUUUAUGCUCCCACCUUCUUAUUGUUCUUGAUGAAAAAGAACUCUGUAGUUUUCUUGAUUUGCUACAAAAGCUCCUCAGACCUAAAGAUUCUGGUGACACAUGUCAGUAUAUGGAUGCCAUACUUUUCAGAUACAGUGGUUCAGAUUCAAUUAGUGAACUACUUUUAUUGAAUGCGGUUAUAAAUCGAGGGCGUCAACUUAUGCAGAUUUUACAAGAAAACGAGCACAUAGAGGAAACGAUGAAAAUUAAGAAUGUUGUGCAACAGAUUUGCAGUUUGUCACAUGAUGGUUUUGUCCCACUAGUUAAAGAAUGCUCAAAGACCAAAAGCUUAAAUUGGAUAAAGUUAUUAGGGUUGCAAUCUUGGGCUCUUCAUUGUUUCUUAUCUGAGGGAUUUUGGCCUCCUGAAGCUUGGGAAUCUUUGUUUAAUAGCAAUGGAAUAAGUUUUCGCCACUCAGGGAAGCACGAAUUGUUAUAUACUAAUAAUUGUUUAGUGGAUGAAAGUGAUUCUGAUUCGGAUAAAAGGACUUCUUCUAGAUCAAAAAGUAGGAAGAAAGGAAAGAGCAGAAAGAAAAGAAGAAGAAUGUCUCUGUUUGAUGAUAGCUAUGAUUAUGAUGAUAAUGAUGAUCUUUUGGAUUUGGGGUUUUCAUAUAACAGGAUGGAAUUUCAAUCUAAGGCUAGUUAUUGGUUGCUAUCUACUGAUGAUUAUUCUACUUCAUGGAAUAGUGUUGACUUACCAGAACACUUGUCAAAGCAUUGUUUUUCUACUUGGAUGAAGUGGGCUUUUUCCCGAUCAAUUGAGGGUACAAAAGAAGGAUUUGCUCUCGUGUGUACAAAAGACGUAAAUGCCCUUGUUAUAGUUGAUAGGAAUGAAUGACUUAACUAGUUUACUAUCCAUGUAUGUAUCUACAAAACUUACUCGGAAAUGGAGGGAUUCAUUCAUAGCACCAUGGUUUCUAUUACUCAAACAUGGUGGGAUACAACAAUGAAUAUGAGAUGUACAUUUGAUUGUAGGCGAUUUCAAUUCUGGUAGUUAGGUUUGUAUUAGUGAAAAAAUGG